GGGGCGUGGCUACUUGUCAGUCGCCUUGGUGUAUUGAACUGGGAAGUGAGUGACAUUUCUGUCUGGAAUUUGGGACCAUGUAUUUCUUCAUUAUUUCUGUGGGGACCUGUGUCAGCAUCCUUCUGCUCCUCCUAUGGAACGGUAGGAGAGUAAAUCAAUGGAUGUCUGAGCUGAAACGCCGGUGGAGUUUCAAUGCUUUGUCCAGGGAGAAACGCAGAAAGAACUUGGAUCAGGACACUCGUGAUGCUCAGGAGAUACAGGAGAAAAUCCUUCUGGAAUCCUUGGACAAGCAUCGAAACACAGAGUAUGGACUCAAGUACAGCUUCAGAGACGUAGAGGAUGUGUCCUCAUUUCAGAAGAAACAUCCUCUGACUCGGCAUAACGACUACACAGACUAUUUACAGCGCACAUCACAGGGAGAAGAAAACAUUCUGGUGCAGGGAAGACCCUCUGUCCUAGCGGCAACUGCAGGGACUUCUGGGAACCAGACCGUCGUCCCCAUCAGUAAUGAGAGUGCAACUGAGCGCUUCAUUCAGGGAGAAGCUGUGUAUCUGGAAGUCAUUAACAAGGCUUUCCCUGGAGCUUUGGAAAAAGUGUUCAAGUUCACAUUUCCACCUAGUAUCCACCACUCUGAUGCUGGGAUUCCCAUUAUUCCAUAUCCAUCAACCUUAUCAGCACAUUUUAUGAAGGACCUCUACUCUCCUGCAGUACCAGUCCAUCCCACCAUGUCUUAUCAUGAGAUACUUUACACUCAGCUUCUCUUCUCUCUCAGGGACCCGGACCUAAGUAUGCUUGAGACUCAUUUUUUUUGGUUCCUUCGCUAUGUUUUCUCCACCUGCGAGGAUUGCUGGGAGUCUCUAGUUGCUGAUAUUCAGAAAGGACGCCUCAGUUCAGAAUGUAAGGUCCCUCUAGAAACCAGAAAGCAAAUAGAAGACAUGCUAGUCCCAGAUGCAUCACGAGCUGCAGAACUGCACUCUCAGUUCCAGAAGGGGUUUCAUGGUAUUGUGAAGAGGUUGUGGCCCAAGUUACAGGUGAUUCUGGCCGUGGAAAGUGGAGGCAGUGACUUGGAUCGACAGGUUCUUCAGGACAGUGCGUGCCAGGGGAUUCCACUUUACUCUCCCACAUAUUGUGCAGCAGAAGGUCUCUGUGGAGUAAAUCUUUGGCCGAUGGAUGAAAUCCCUCAGUAUGUUCUGUGCCCCCGAUCUGUAUUUUUUGAGUUCAUACCUGUGGACAUGAGUGAGCAGGAGCAGCCAUCUACAUUGUGUAUACAAGACGUCAGUGCAGACAAAGCCUAUGAGUUGGUUAUAACGAACAGAGAUGGACUUUACAGGUACCGGCUUGGAGAUGUUCUACAAGUUACCGGCUUCAAUAAUCAGAGCCCUAUAGUGAAGUUCUUAUAUAGGAAAAGUCAGACACUGAAUGUCCGUGGGGAGCGUAUUUCAGAAUGCAGCUUCUAUAAGACUCUCCGCUGCACUGUGGAUAUGUGGCCCGGUGCCUCACUUCUCAACUACUGCUGCUUGGAGAGUGGAGUUCUGGGUCAAUUCUCUGGGGGUUCUGACCCACACUAUGAGGUGUUUGUUGCCUUGAAGGGCGUGAGAAAUCUGUCUGAAGAUCAGAGAUAUAAGUUGGAUCAGACACUCCAGGAGCAUUUCCCAAUCUACAGAUCCUUUCGCUUUAAAGGCAGCAUUGGACCAGUACGUGUGCACUUGACAAGUCCAGCGUUCUUUCUCAAGCUUUUGGAGCUGGCAGCCAAACUUUCCAGUUUCCCUUUGGACUGCAUUCAACCUCCACGUUCACUAAAAUACAGAGAGAUGGCUGAAAUGAUAUGGAAACAAGUCCUGUCAUGAUCUUGUUUCCUUUUGUAAUCUACCAGCAGGCAAAAGUAACACUGUCAAAGGUUUAUGUGGAAAAAAAAAUAUUCAACAGAUAGGCCUGGGAUAUCUGGGGACAUCAUUACUCUUUGAGUUCUGAUGUAUGUGACCACAUUAAGCAUUGUAACUGAAGGUAGAGGAGAAAUCAACAUUUAACAGUUUUACAGACCAUUAACAAGGGAUACAUGAUUUGAAAACUGUUAUGAGCAUCUGACAUUUCCAUUAGUGCAAUGAUUGUAAAUAGUAGCAAAUGUAUUAAUAAAGGGGUGUAUGAUGAUAAUAUGACAGCUGGAGGUCCAAAGAGUGUAUUCCCUGCACAGUAGCAAAGUCAGACCCCCACUGAUCAUUAAGUUAUGACAUAAUGAUAUGCAAUUACUUACUAUCACGAAUAUACCCCUGUAAUCUUGGUAACAUUUACAUUCUCUGAUACUGUUCGUAAUUCAUUUUAUAUUAACAUAAUAAAUAUUUUCUCACUUAUCUCGUCACACAAUCCGCAUUUGUUCAGGUUUAUUGGUGCAGUUUUUAAAGCCAAAAUCAAGUGUGAAUCAUAAAAGGAGAAAGUAUUAAGGUUUUUUUUUUCAAUCCACUCCUGGUUUUGUUUUUAAAAACUGAAUAAAAAACCUGAUUAAAACCUGCACAUGUGAUUGCACCCUCAGACUAAGCAAUACUUGUGUCUCCUAGAAGUUAUUAUUAUGCAAAAACAAGCCUUUCUUAUGAUAGGAUUGGUUGCAAACCAUACUUUGCAACUAUUAAUGUAAGCAACUGUUUUCCUGAUGCUUUUCAGACUGUUUGACUUCAUUCAGAGAGAUUGGUUAAUAUUGCACCAAAGCCACAUUGGGGGAAAAACGCAUGCGGUUUGCUAAGUUUUUUUGAGGUUUUAAAACCUGUUAAUGGGGUUAUGCAGUGGAUUAAUAUUGAUGACUUGUCUUCAGGAUAGGCAGUCAGCAUCAGAUCAACAGGGGGCCGACUCCCGGCAUCUGUUUGAGGGGGUUGAGGCGCUAUUGCGAGCUCUGCUUCCUCUUCAAAGUUUAAAGGCGUUGUCCGGGUUCAGAGCUGAACCCGGACAUAUCCCCAUUUUUACCCAGGUAGCCCCCCUGACUUAAGCAUCGGAGCAGUUCAUGCUCCGAUGCUCUCCUUUGCGCUGUGCUGAAUCGCGCAGGGCAAAGGCAUUUUCUGGAGUUCUGGUGACGACCCAGGCUCUCCUUAGGGGUGCCAGGUGGAGGCUUCCGCCCAGCAGUGAGCCCGGUGACAUACUUUAGCGCUGC